CGGGAGUUCCAUUGUGACGCGGAAGAUCAAACGCAGCUGCUUGGGAGUCAGAAUGAAACCUUCGGCGAUCUGAUGAGACGUUGUGUGCAGUUCACAUGAAGCAUUGAAUCGUCUUGACUUGAAUUAACUGCGGGUUUUACGUAAAGCUGACAAGGAAAUAUUCGUGCCGAGUGAAAUAUAUCAAUUUACCGAGAUUUUUCGAAAGAGGGAAAUCUCUUAAUAUGGAGUCACCUAAACAAGGAGGCGUGAUCACCUACGUCUGCUCUUCAAGCGUCGCCUCCAGUCCAGAGCAGUGCAUGAUUGACAGCUCAAACAGCCAUUCCCCAGCGUCCUCUCCGCCUCUGCCAACAAAUCAGAGCCGUACCACAGAUGUGCCCACCGCUAGACUGCUCUCAAAACACGCUCACCCGCGCGGGCACGCCUCUGAGAAGACGGCGCUCGCUGCUAAGAGUGGCAUUACAAAGCUUAAUGGAAUGGUGCUUUUAUGCAAAGUGUGUGGAGAUGUGGCCUCCGGCUUCCACUACGGCGUUCACGCCUGCGAGGGCUGCAAGGGCUUCUUCAGAAGGAGCAUCCAGCAGAAUAUUCAGUACAAGAAAUGCCUGAAGACCGAAAGCUGCACCAUCGUGCGAAUAAACCGAAACCGCUGCCAGCAGUGCCGCUUCAAGAAGUGUUUAUCCGUCGGGAUGUCACGUGACGCCGUGCGAUUCGGACGGAUUCCCAAGCGUGAGAAACAGCGCAUGCUCCUGGAGAUGCAGACGGCCAUGAAUAACAUGAUGAACAACAGUCAGCUGCAGUGCAUGCUUCACGGCAGUCAGGCCGUAACGUGUGCCUUAGAAACCAGCCAGGUCGACUCGUCUUUGCCGUCACCGCCGGAUUCCCCGCGGUCUGCCUCCGAACUCUCUCGGGACUCCGAGUCGGUCGUUCCCAUGGACACGUCCAUGAGUUCGGCAUCGUCGUGUUCGUCUGACAGCGGGGAAGAAGACGUGUCAGGCAAUGGACUUCAGCGUGGCGACCUGUUUGAGUACAAGCGGCCCGUGAGUCCGCCUCGCGUGGGGUCCGUCUCUCCGGCCAGCUCGGACACGUUGAGCACCAGCAGCAAGGACGAGGAACGGCUGCCGCGGGAAUGCUGGAGCGUUGACAGUCAGAGACGGUCAGACUGCGAGAGGAACCUGAAGGACACGUCUGGGUUUUACAGGGAACAUGUGACCGGGUACCACAUGACCCAGCAGAGCAGUCAAAGCCCCUCAACAAACAGGCAUUACCACCCGUACAAUCGGAACAACAUCAACGAGGUUCAGAGAGGAGGAUACAGAAGGCAUCUGGUAUGUCCUAUGAACUUUUCACCCUUUGUGGACCCCUGCAAGCCCGGUCAUGAAAUCUGGGAAGAGUUUUCCAAGUGUUUCAUCCCCGCUGUAAGAGAAGUGGUGGAAUUCGCGAAGCGCAUCCACGGUUUCCAGGACCUCUCCCAACACGACCAGGUCAACCUCCUCAAGGCAGGAACUUUCGAGGUGUUGAUGGUGCGCUUUGUGUCUCUGUUUGAUGUGAAAGAGCGGACCGUGACCUUUCUCAGCGGGAGGAAGUACAGCAUGGAUCUGCUGCAUUCUCUGGGCACCGGAGAGCUUCUCACCUGCAUGUUUGAGUUCAGCGAGAAACUCACGGCCCUGCAGCUCAACGAGGAAGAAAUGAGUCUCUUCACGGCCGUGGUUCUGGUGUCUGCAGACCGAUCGGCCAUUGAGAACGUGAGCGCCGUGGAGGCCCUGCAGGAGACUUUGAUCAGAGCUUUGAGGAACCUGAUCAUGACGAACCACUCGAACGAAGCUGCUGUCUUCACCAAACUCCUCUUGAAGCUUCCCGAGCUGAGGUCGCUCAACAACAUGCAUUCAGAAGAGCUGCUGGCCUUUCAAAUCCAACCAUAAACCAAAACGUGCUUCCUCCACUUUCCAACUUCGGUUGUAAUUGUACUCUUGAAUGUAUUUAACAUGCAUUUUUUACUCGACAGAUUUAGCAAACAAGUGUUUUUAAUAGAAAUCCGCCCAGUUUUUGUGAUUAAAGACGCUUUGCAUACGGAAACUGUAGUCUUAUUAGCUGUACCGAUGUAGGUCGCCAUUCAGGCGGAGAGAGUAUAUUAGAUAUUUAAUUUGUUCAAACAUUGUAAUUAUUUGUUAUGCACAAGCAAAGUCUACUUCCACGUUUGUCGGUAAACACUAGACUCCAUUCUUUUGAAGAAUUAUUUCGUCUGUCGAUCACGUGCAAUAGCUGCUGAUGCAUGGCUAUUGGUAUAAGAGCAGCUCUAUUUCGUAUCUUGUCCGAGACAUUUCGUCUUUAAAAUGUUUGAUCAUGUGUUGCUUAUUUACAUUUCUGAUUUUCUUCUGAAUGUAUGUCUGUUGCUAGCGGCGACUAGCAGAUGCAUGUCUGCAUCAUUCGAACCUGUAUGACAGGGCCAAUGCUUUUGCACGCGGUGUUGAGGAACAGAUUGAAACCGCAGCGUUGCACGCACGUUCAACGACACCAUAAUUACGGUGCACGGGCGGAGAACAUCUGCUUACCAAUUGUAAUUUAUGAGCGGUGUCACUUUAAAUGGCAGGAGGACGAUAUUUUACCUUCAUUGCUGUCGUUUUUAUAUAGACCACGUACAGAGAGAUGUUAUAUGUCUUCCAUUACGCAGUUGGAAAUGUGUAUAGUUAAAGUGAAUAAAGUAUGAAAAGAGAUGGAAUUUUAUUUAUGGAUGUUUGUACAGAUGUUUUUGGAUUGCCUUAUCAUUCUUUGCCACAUCUACAGACACGGGAACAUAUUUUUCUCAACAAUAAACGCAUUUUAUCAGAGCAGGGAAACUAUAUUAAAAUCCCAUUUUUUGGGGAUACACUUCUGGACUCUAUGCAUAUGGAUACAGCUUGACAAUAUUGUCAUUUCUUAGCCUUUAUUCAACAUGAGAUUACGUGAUAUUUCCUUGUUAAGAUUUGUUGUCCAUGUUUUUGUUUCCUAAAAUAACAGUGCAGUAUGUAUAGUUGUGUAUAUCUAUUUGAAAUCUAUCAAUAUAAAGUAAAUCAAUAAAUAUUUACUUGCCGUUUUA